AUGAAUCAGGACAAUUUCCCAUUGAAAUUCCGCCGAGCUCAUCAAAGCACCACAUCGCUCAAACGCACCCCCUCCGCCCCCGUCUAUCCCCGUUCCUCACCCAGCGGGAGUCGCGAGCAUAAUCGGUCGCGAUCCAACGCACAAUUCGGCUCCUCCUCAUCGUCACUGGAACAGAACAGUGGCGGGCCGUCGCCCUCUAACGACGAAUCCAGCGGCUUUUUCUCCAACUUCACCUCUCGGUCCCGCACUCGCAGCUCGAACCGCUUCUCCUACAACGAGCAAAGCUCAGAUGAACUAGGCGCCCCUUACGAAACGCGGGGCAUGCUCAGUGCAUUGGAUGAGAACAGCGCUGAAUCAGAUCCUCAUUCCCAGCAAGCCCCCGGUCCCCAAUCUCAACACGCCAGCCCCGAUAACCGCGGACGCCACUCACUCCGCCAGUCAGCCAGUUUCACCACGCUCACCCAACGAAUGGAUCCUUUUGCUCAUCGCGAGACGGAGCGGGCGGCGAAUGCCAAACGAUAUUCCGAUGAUGGCAACGCGCCGCCGGCCCCGCGAACGAGACAGAGCAAGAAGGCGAGCUUCUCCAGGUUCGUGGACAGUAUGCUUGGCUCCCCCGGUCGCAACAUGAAAAUUUCAGCCCCUGAGAAUCCAGUCCACGUUACCCACGUUGGUUACGAUAAUCAAACUGGUCAAUUCACUGGUCUUCCCAAGGAAUGGCAGCGGUUACUUCAGGAGAAUGGUAUCUCCAAAAAGGAGCAGGAGGAGCACCCGCAAACCAUGAUGGACAUCAUGCGCUUCUACGAGAAGAACACCCGUGGCGAUAGCGACGAUGAAGUCUGGCACAAAUUCGACAAUGCGCAAGCGACGCAAGCGACGAGUCCAAGAGGACCGUCUCCUCCGGGCAGCCCACGAUUCCCGCAAAACCACGAGAGCAGUUUCGAGAAUCCGCGGGCACCACCACCAAUUCCACGCGGGCCUCCAGCAGGCACACCGAGCAUGUCCCCAUCACUGGGCGGUAUGGUGCCGCAUCGCGCUCCUCCUAAGCCCCCAGGCAUGACCCCAUCCCGUCCUCCUCCGCAACCCCCGGUCUCGAAUUCCUACGGUGCCCCGCAAAGACCCCAGCUAGAAACCUACGGUUCUUCAUUUGGUACUCCGACGAUACCAGAAACCGAGACAUUGCCUUCACCGCAUCGCAGUCCCUCCACCUCCCGAAACGGGACGCCUGCGUCCAACGCACCGAAUGUUAUCGCAUCCCCGACACAAUACCAGCGACAGCAGGAGCAGGUUAUGGCCGCAGCCCAGCAGGCACUGGAUCGCAAUCGCAGCCAGCGCCAACAGGCACAGCAGCCUCCGGCCAUCUCCACCUCAACCACUGCCCCGGCACCCGAUCUGUCGUCUGGUGUGUCGCCUUCUACGCGCGCUCCCCCGGCUGCUCGACCCCGACAGCGCCAGCGCCAAAGCACUGCUAUGGAUAUCCGGUCGCGUUUGAUGUCCAUCUGUCGCGAAGGCGAUCCUACGCAAAUCUAUUACAACCUCAACAAGAUUGGUCAAGGUGCUUCGGGUGGAGUGUUUACCGCGUAUGAACUUCCUGACAACAAUUGUGUUGCGAUCAAGCAGAUGAACUUGGAUUUGCAACCCAAGAAGGACCUAAUUAUCAACGAAAUCCUCGUUAUGAAGGACAGCAAGCACAAGAACAUUGUCAACUUCCUCGAGAGCUACCUGCACGGAUUGGAUCUUUGGGUUGUUAUGGAAUACAUGGAAGGUGGCAGUCUCACAGAUGUGGUCACUUUCAACAUUAUGAGCGAAGCACAGAUCGCCGCAGUCUGUCGAGAGGUGAGUUACAGUACCGGUGAAGCUGACUUCGGCUUCUGUGCCCAAAUCAACGAGUCGCAUAACAAGCGGAACACCAUGGUCGGUACCCCAUACUGGAUGGCUCCCGAGGUCGUUACUCGUAAAGAGUACGGCCGCAAGGUCGACAUCUGGAGUUUGGGUAUCAUGGCCAUUGAGAUGAUCGAGGGCGAGCCACCAUACUUGACCGAGUCGCCAUUGCGUGCGCUGUAUCUCAUUGCCACCAAUGGAACACCAACAAUCAAAGAUGAACACAACCUCACCCCUAUCUUCCGCGAGUUCCUUCACUUCGCUCUUAAGGUCGACCCCGAGAAGCGGGCGUCGGCACACGACCUCUUGAAGCACCCAUUCAUGUCCUUCUGUGCACCCCUUUCGCACCUCGCCCCCUUGGUCAAGGCUGCUCGCGCCAGUCGCGCCCAAGAAAAGGCCCAAAAAGGAGGCGCUUGA